AUGAUUGACAAGCCGGUCAUGGUCAAGACUGCCAUUGUCACGGGCGCGGUCUCUGGCAUGGGCCUGGCCGUCACGCGACAUCUGCUGGCCAAGGCGCAAGACUCCAGCUCCAAGGUACACUGGAGAGUUGUCCUCGCCGACGUCAACGAAGCAGCAUACGAUGAGCUCAAGAUGACUCUCAACGAAGGUGAUCAUAUCUUCGUACGAACCGAUGUCUCCAAAUUUGAGGACCAGCUGGCGCUGUUCAAGCGCGCGUUCGAGUGGUCAGGAGGCCGCAUCGACUUCUUUGCCAACAACGCGGGCAUCCCUGACAGACAGCCGCUGCUGGGUUGGCUCGGGAGGCCUGAGGAAGUGGAAAAGGAGGAUCCCACCGAGCCAGAUCUGAGCUGCAUCGAUGUCGACCUGAAAGCCGUCCUUUACGGGCUGCGGUGUUUUGUGCAUUUCACGCGGAAGACAAGGAAUCUGCUCGCGCAGGAGACAGUGAACACAAUGGACGAGGUGGGCAUUCACGGCGGAGAUGCAAUGAUCGGUGUCGCUGCCGCUGCCGCGCAUGACUUCCAUCCGACAAUGGUGGUGACAGCUUCCAUGGCCGGUCAAUACCCUUUCUACGUUCUUCCCAUCUACACGGCCGCAAAGCACGGAUGCGUGGGCCUCGUCCGAGCUGCGGCGCCCACGCUGUUCGAAGACGAAGGCAUUACGCUGAACGCGAUCUUGCCUAGUACCACGAACACGAACAUCAUCCCGACACCGAUUCUCGAGCAGUGGCCUGAAGAGAACUUCACUCCGCUUGAGACGGUCGUACGGGCUUUUGAAGAACUGAUCGAUGCCAAUGGCCGGGUGGUGCCAGACGGAUUGAGUGACGGUCAGGACGGGACGGUGAAGAAUGGUUGCUGCGUCGAAGCCUCGACAAACCGCCUCUUCUACCGCGAGCCUGUUCCUUUUCCGAGCCAGGUGCAGGAAUGGGUCGGGCAGCAAUCCAAGAGGGAUGGUAUUCUUGGCACUUUUAUGCGUGGUGUUAUGAAGUCCCGAGAGAAUUGA